AAGUCACUCGCGACAGAGUGAAGCUCUCGAUUUUGUUUGGAACAAAGUCGAUCGACUACAAUAGUUCAAAUUUUUCAAAUAUAUAUUUAUGAUUAUUACUUUAUUGGUGUUCGUGAAGGUGUAUGAUGUGAUAAUUUAUAAAAUAGUGAGAAUUAUUUAAAAUGAUGAGCUUGUCUGAUCAAGAAGUUCCCGUUACCAUGGAUUUAGUUAGAAUGACCGAUGGAUUCCCAAGAAUAUCAGAAUCAGUUAAUGGAUUAUUAAAUAUCAAUUACUGCAACACGUACACAAAUACCGAGAAUACAUCUACUGAAAAAACUCAUCAAGCUUCCAACGGAUGUGCAAAUGCAGAUUACCGACAAGAGUCAUGGCUUCAAGAUGGAAGUAGCUGUGAAACCGAAGAUAGUGAACAGUACGUUUCCGAAUUUCAUUCUGCAACAGAAGUUGUCAAACAAGAAUCUUCGAUUAAUUGCCAAAAAAAUAAUGAAUACAAUCAACAAUAUCAUGGAAGUGGACUCAACUUUUUAGAUCUCAGCCCUGCUACUUCUGAUUCAUGUUUUGGUUAUUUGUUGUACAGAAAACCAAGUCCAGGGAGAAAUGAAGUAGCUGAUUGUGUGUCAGUUAAAGAAGAGCCAUCAGACCGUAGUUACAUUGAACCAACAUCACUUACUAACCUUUCGUCACCUAGUUCACAAGACAAUUUAAGUGCACGAAACUUGAUUUACCAGCGACGACAACAAUAUACAAAUAAUUCAUUAAUCACACGAGAUCCACGAGAUUCUCCGACGUCAAGCAGACCAACAAGUACAUCUUCAGUAACAUCACAAUGGCUAACACCAACUCAAUCAAAUCAAUCUACAAUAGAACAAAACUUCGUUUCACGUUCUGAUAACUGGCCAUCGUCAGCGAAUGCCAAUGUUUCUACAAGAAAUAGAUUGAGUCCAACUUGGACUAAAUUGGGAAUUCAAUCUGACAUAAAAACUCCAUCAUGGGAGCGACAAACUGUUUAUCAAAAGAAAAUUUCAGCUACUUGGAAUUCUGAGUAUAUAAAAAAGUCAUCUUCUUCAGGACUUCUAUCAUGGCCUGAUGUAUCUGUUGGAUAUCAACAGCAAAGAAGAGGUUCCUUACAGCUUUGGCAAUUUUUAGUUACGUUAUUAGAUGACCCAGCUAAUUCUCCGUGCAUUACAUGGACUGGUCGUGGGAUGGAAUUCAAAUUAAUUGAACCAGAAGAAGUAGCGCGAAGAUGGGGGAUACAAAAGAACCGCCCUGCAAUGAAUUAUGAUAAACUUAGUAGAUCAUUAAGAUAUUAUUAUGAAAAAGGAAUUAUGCAAAAAGUUGCUGGUGAAAGAUAUGUUUAUAAAUUUGUCUGUGAUCCAGAGGCAUUAUUUAACAUGGCCUAUGGUGUUGGAGUUUCAAAUCCAACCGCUGAAUCUUCAGGUACAGUAGCCAGAACUAGUAUCAAUAAAAUUGAAGCCACUACAAAUAUUUCGGAUUCUACAAAACAUCCAUCAGAAGGGUAUGGAGAUGCUGUCCUUGCGAUGUAUUCAAAUACAACUAUGUAUGGACAAUCGAGCUUACAUCACUUACAUCAGUAUCUCGGGACGAACGAUGGUUUCAAAACACCACCAGCACGCUACCAUACUCAUCAUCACACCCAUCAGUAUAAUAGUCAUCUUCAUCACCAUUAUCAUCACCAUCAUCAUUCUUCUUCGCCGUAUUCCGACUCAUUUUUAAACUAUAGCCGUCUAUCGCAGGAAUUACCAUAUGAUAUUAGAACUCAAGAGCCUAUUAAUUCGACGUGUAAUGAUUAUUUCCACGAUGAGCAUUCCACCAAAGUCAAGGAGUCAUCAGUAGCAUUCGAUUCAUCACAAAUACGAAGCCAAUUGUCUAGUUCCUUAUCAAGCUCAGAAAAUUCAAAUAUUUUGGAAACUUCAUCCACUAGUUCAAAAAUUGAACAAGCUUAUAGUUGUUUGAGUGUUGAUAGCUGUGUAUGUUAGAAAUACAUUGAUAUUUAUAAUUCAAAUUUACUUGAUACAGGCAAAAAACAACCAAUAUUUUUAUUUCACAGUAGUAAGUAAGGGGGCGUCCAUAAACCACGUAACCUUGUCGAGAGGGGGGAGGGAUAAGUUUA